AUGUCGGACGGAACCUCCAACAACCCUAAUCCCUACACUCUACCAGGCGCGAAUUUGGAAAUGAUUCGCGUCGAGACGGUGCGGGAGUCGAAUGAGCAGGUAAAAGGGCUCGAAGAUUAUGUGGCAGUAUUCAUUGGCGGUACUGGUGGGAUUGGAGAGAGCACGGCCAAAGAACUUUUCAUUCGAGCAUCGCGGCCGAGAGCGUAUAUUAUCGGGAGGAACGAAGAACGAGGCAACGCACUCUACAACACCCUGCGCACCAUCAAUCCAAAUGGCGAGGCGAUAUUCAUACAAAAGGACAUAAGUCUCAUGCGCAAUUGCGAUGAAUUAUGCGAAGACCUUCGACGUCGAGAGACCAAAAUCAAUUGUCUCUUCCUCACAGCAGGCUUCAUGGCCCUGCGCGGUCGCUCCGAGACAGAGGAAGGCAUCGACCGCAAAAUGUCUGUCAACUACUACGCCCGAAUCCGCUGCAUCCUGAAUCUCAUGCCACUUCUCACCGCUGCCUCGGAAGCCAACGAGCUUUCACGGGUCAUCACCGUCCUGGCUGCCGGGUCCGAGAGCGACAUUCGGAUUGACGACCUGGACUUGCAGCACAACCACACGUUGCACGCAUGCAUGGCUCACUGCGUUGUGAUGAGUGAUUUCGCGAUUGAGGAGUUGGCCAAGCGAUAUCCAGGAACAUCCUUCAGCCACAGCUAUCCCGGCACCGUCAAGACUGGCAUCGCUAAUCAGCUCACGGGUGUUGUGAGACUGGCGGUCAAGGUCAUGUAUGCAGUCAUGACGCCCUGGAUUCUGAAUGUACAAGAGUCUGGAGAGCGGCACUUGUUUCAGAUGACGAGCGCAUGUUAUCCAUCUCAGCGAGGCUCCGUUGGUGUUCCCAUACCAGAAGGUUUGGAUGUGAUGCGCGGUACAGACGGUGUCCCUGGUAGUGGUGCAUACUUGCUGGACUGGGAUGGGAAAACUACAGGCGACGAGAGCGUCUUGGGCAAGUAUCGUGCCAUCGGGUUGGGCAAGACAAUUUGGGACCACACAAUGAAGAUGUUUGCGCUUGCGGAGCAGAAAAUGAGACAAGCCACGAAGAGGCCGGCGGUCGAUGAAGCUGAGGGUGCCGGGAGGGAUGGUCCAGAUCCUGUGGGGUGGCGGCCGUUUUCUUGA